GAACCGGGACUUCGACCUCAAGGACGGGGCGGGCGGCAGCGGGGAGUCAAUACAAGUGGGGGACUCGAAGAUUGCAGGAGAAUGGCUCUAAAGGGGAUCCCAAAUCCACCAAAACUGGCACCGCGGGCCCAACAGGUGCACGAGAGGUGCACGGAAGCUGCAUGCUUCUGUGCCCCAUGUUGAUUGCUCCCCUCCGUUCACGAACACCUGCAAGGAUCCGGCAGCAAAAAAAGUUUGGCCGGAGUACGAGAAGCUUGCCCUCAGGAAUCUGGGCAGCAAUGAGAAGUGGGUGCCGUGGCAUACGGUUCUUGGCGUGCACGAGCUCUUCCUCGUGCGGGAGGUGCACGCGGCCAAGGUGCCGUGGUGGACGGAUUACCACAGGUUCGUAGCGAUGUUCUUGUUUCGUUGCCACUGCAAGAUGGACCUCUUCCAGGAGGUCCAGAUGCCGCACCUCACGACCAAGGCUUUCUGGCAAAACCUGUCGAAGGGUUUCGCACCAGGCUCCAAGAUGGAGAAGGACAUAGCCAAGUUCAGAUCCACCACCGGUAAGGCGCUGCAGACUGAGCGGAUAUUGAAGGACGACGAUGCGAAUCUCAUCCGCAACAUAGUCUUGCGAAGCCAGCGCUUGAUCGACUUGGCCAAUGACCUCUGGCCCCUGGUCAACGACGCAAAGACGAGCGUCGACGAGAAGUACGACGCCAUCAAGCAGGCAAUCCUCGGUGUUAGGAAUCUGGGCGACACCUGGGUGAAGAUGCUGAUGGUCUGCGUGGACAUCUGCCUGCCCAAGCUGGGGCUCCUCAAGAGCCGGUGCGAGGUGGGCGUUGGAGCCGCCGACCCGCUCAGGAAGCUGCUGGUAGAAGAGGGGCUGCUCGCGCCGCCCCCGCCGCCGAGGGCGAAGGUGGAGACGGGCCUCGAGGGCAAGGGCUCCGUCGCCGAGGCGGUGAGGGCGGAGGUCAGCCUGAGGUCGGGCAUCGUCGCCGUCAAGCGCAGCGGCGUGCAGAUCGUCCAGGUCACGAUGGGCAUGGCCGGGAGCCUCGACAGGGCGUACGCCGUCGCCGAGGAGCUGAAGAAGCUGGCGGCCAAGAAGGGCCUGCAGCGGGAGGACCAGGAGGUCCUGGUGAAGAAGAGGAACGAGCUGUUCGCGAGUGCCUCCUUCAAGGUGCCGAAGCUCGGCCUGGAUGCCAAGCGCGAGGAGCUCCUCGAGAACGGGCCCGCGGAGCCGCGGAAGCGGGAGGGGCCCAGCCCCAGCGACGCGCUGAUGGCGCUCGGCAGGCGCAUCAACGAGUCGAAGGUGCCGUCGGCGAAGCACUUUUGGAAGCUCCUGGCCGAGGUCGAGGCGCACGGCAGGACGUAUUUCAAGAGUUUACCGCUGGUGGCCGCGCAGAUGAAGACCAAGGGCAUCAGCGCUGUCACCCUUCAGGUUCAGCUGUGUGAGUUCCGGCAGUUCGAGAACUUUCUGAAGCGGUCCGCCGGGAAGCGUCGGUUGGGAGACGGUGACGCGGAGGAGGACGGCGGCAAAAAGGUGUGA